AUGGCAUCUUAUUUGCAGUUCUGCUUCAUCAUUCUCUUGUGCGGAAAAGACUCCCCAUCUGCAGCUUCGAUUUCUUUUCAACAACAGACCCUACCAGUCACCGGAGAAGAUUUUACAAUUGAAUGCAGGUAUCCACCUUCUUUAUAUCCUCGCUCUGCACAGUGGAGACACGAGGACAUCCAGGUUGCUUCUGAAUCGUGCACUUCUACGAGUACCUGUACAACUACAAUUCCUAAUCCAACAAAGUACAAGAUAAUGGGAGAUGACCGCAGCACAUCGCUUACAAUAAUCAAUUUGACGGCUGAUGACAAUGGGAGAUACACAUGCGAUUUUCUAAACAAAAGUGGAUUAUGGUCGGCGGAUGAGACAAUACAAGUACUAAGUCCAGCUCCGCCGUCGCAGGUCUCCAUUGACAUUGCACAAUCCGGCAACCCGAUUUCGAACUCCGCAACUAUAAUAGUAACUUCUGGAGAACCGUAUAACAUUACAUGCAAUGCUUACCAGGCAAGACCUCCUGCAGUACUGACUUGGAUUAUACCAGAUGAUAUGAUAUUUUAUGUCCACGGUCAGUCCGAUAUAAUUCAAAGAAACAAGUACGUGUCAAGUAAAAGAGCUACCAUCACGCCCUCAAUGAAUGACCAAGGGAAUGUUCUGCGCUGUGAAGCAUCACAUUCUACCCUAUUCACCAACUUAAACGUUUCAGUGUCCCUGAGUGUUCAUGUUCUACCGUCGAGCAUGACCCUCUUUCAAAGUGGGAUUGGCAAGGACAACGAUUUUGGACAAGCAGUCAUUUACGUUCAAGAGGGUUUACCCUCGUCAAUAACCUGCAAAUGCAUUGGAUCAUUACCAGCAGUUGAAUUUGUUUGGAAACUUGGUAGUUCUACCAUUCUUCAAGAUAAUAUUAGUCUUCAAAAGCAUAACAAUGCGAUAGAUCACAGUUUGUACGACACUAAAAGUAUCAUCACAUUUAUUCCAGAGAGAAAGCACCACGGAAAGUCUAUCCAAUGCUUUGCAAGCUUAGGAAGCUUUUCGGAACGAAGGUUUGCCAAAGUCCUUGUUAAAGGUACACCUGACAGUAUACAAAUUGCUUCCCUUGAAGAUGCUACGCUGGAGGAAGGAAUGGAAACCAACGUAACCUGCAGGGCACUAAAUGGAUACCCUGCUCCAUCAAUUCAUUGGUAUAUCGGAUCAAGAAACAUCACCAAAGACUCAUCUCUUCAGAAUACGGUCAAUGCUGUUGACCGAUACGAUGCUGAAAGCACUCUGAUAUUAGUUCCGAAUUGGCUUGAACAUGGGAAGCGUCUCCUUUGCCAGGCAGUUCAAACUACACCAAUUUCAAGCAUCUCAAUAAACGAAAGCCUCAUCUUGAACGUAUCAUAUUCACCCAUCGUCUCCAUUACUGCUCGACGUCUUACUUCACUUACAUCCCAUAAAGGAAGUGGGGCUUUAGAGUUCAUGUUGACAUGUAGAGCAGAUUCCAAUCCACCUGCCAUUGUCUUUGAAUGGUUAACUGAUGAAACUAUUGUUUUCAAUGACACCAGUAACAUGAAGCUCCACCAGGAUAACCCAGAACAAGCAGAAAGAGAGACCGUAACUACUAGUGACCUGAUGAUUCCAAGCCGACCCUCUGAACAUCAAUCGAUUUACAAUUGCAGUGCUGUGUCCAGAUACGGAUUCGGAUCGGCAGUAUUCAACUCCUCGUUAUUUCAAACUGAGGAGUAA